AACUGCUUGUCACAUUGACCUGAACCAUCUCUCCGUCUGCUCUUGGGGUUUCUGUCAACUAGUACUGGAAGGGGAAAAACUCUUUGGAGAAUAACAUUUUAUCUGUGGCCAUGCCAGAACCCACUAAGAAAGAGGAAAAUGAAGUGGCGGCCCCAGCUCCACCACCUGAAGAACCAAAUAAAGAGAAGGAGGCAGGAACUGCACCAGCAAAAGAGGAAGAGGAAGCCUCCCCGCCUAGUGCCUUGCCUCCAGGUUUGGGUAGUCGGGCCCUGGAGAGAAAAGAUUCAGAAUGGUCUGUUGGUGAACCACCUGCUGGUGGAGAGGAACAAGACAAGCAGAAUGCCAAUUCUCAAAUGUCCACCCUGUUUGUUGAAAAACCUCAAACGGGAACAGUGAAAGUGGGUGAAAACAUCACUUUCAUAGCCAAAGUCAAGGCUGAAGAUCUUCUUAGAAAACCCACUGUCAAAUGGUUCAAAGGCAAAUGGAUGGACUUGGCCAGCAAAGCUGGGAAGCAUCUCCAGCUGAAGGAGACCUUUGAGAGGCAAACUCGGAUAUACACAUUUGAGAUGCAGAUCAUCAAGGCCAAAGAGAACUAUGCAGGAAACUACAGAUGUGAGGUCACCUACAAGGAUAAGUUUGACAGCUGUUCAUUUGAUCUUGAAGUGCACGAAUCUACCGGGACUACUCCAAACAUUGACAUCAGAUCUGCCUUCAAGAGAAGUGGAGAAGGUCAAGAGGAUGCAGGGGAACUUGACUUUAGUGGUCUCCUGAAACGUAGGGAGGUGAAGCAGCAGGAGGAGGAACCCGAGGUAGACGUCUGGGAGCUGCUGAAGAAUGCGAACCCCAACGAGUACGAGAAGAUCGCUUUCCAGUACGGCAUUACCGACCUGCGCGGCAUGCUCAAGCGGCUCAAGCGCAUGCGCAGGGUGGAGAAGAAGAGCGCAGCUUUUGCAAAAAUUCUUGAUCCUGCAUAUCAGGUUGAUAAAGGAGGCAGAGUAAGGUUUGUUGUGGAACUGGCAGAUCCAAAGUUGGAGGUGAAAUGGUACAAAAAUGGCCAAGAAAUUCGACCCAGCACAAAAUACAUCUUUGAACACAAAGGAUGCCAAAGAAUCAUGUUUAUCAAUAACUGUUCACUGACGGAUGAUUCAGAGUAUUAUGUGACAGCUGGUGAUGAGAAAUGUUCUACUGAGCUCUUUGUGAGAGAACCUCCAAUUAUGGUGACCAAACAACUGGAAGAUAUGAAUGCUUAUUGUGGGGAAAGAGUUGAAUUGGAAUGUGAGGUGUCUGAAGAUGAUGCCAAUGUGAAAUGGUUUAAGAAUGGCGAAGAGAUCUUCCCUGGUCCGAAAUCAAGAUACAAAAUUAGAGUUGAGGGCAAAAAACACAUUUUGAUCAUAGAGGGAGCCACAAAGGCCGACAGUGCGGAAUACUCAGUGAUGACAACGGGAGGACAGUCAUCUGCCAAACUGAGUGUUGACUUGAGGCCUCUGAAGAUUUUGACACCUCUGACUGAUCAGACUGUAAAACUUGGGAAAGAAAUAUGCUUGAAGUGUGAAAUCUCUGAAAACAUAUCAGGAAAAUGGACUAAAAAUGGCCUGCCUGUUCAGGAGAGUGACCGUCUGAAGGUUGUUCACAAAGGAAAAGUCCACAAAUUGGUUAUAGCCAAUGCUCUCAUUGAAGAUGAAGGUGAUUAUGUGUUUACACCAGAUGCCUACAAUGUUACUUUGCCUGCCAAAGUUCAUGUUAUUGAUCCUCCUAAGAUCAUCCUGGAUGGUCUUGAUGCUGACAAUACGGUGACCGUGAUUGCAGGAAACAAGCUUCGUCUUGAGAUUCCUGUCUCCGGAGAACCACCUCCUAAGUGCAUUUGGAGCCGAGCAGAUAAGGCUAUUAUGGAGGGCAGUGGCCGGAUACGAGCAGAAUCAUAUCCUGAUAGCAGCACCCUGGUCAUUGAUGUGGCUGAAAGAGAUGACUCUGGUGUUUACCACAUAAAUCUGAAGAAUGAAGCUGGAGAAGCACAUGCAAGCAUCAAGAUUAAAGUUGUGGACAUCCCUGAUCCUCCAGUUGCACCAAACGUGACCGAAGUGGGAGAUGAUUGGUGCAUCAUGAACUGGGAACCUCCUGCCUAUGAUGGAGGGACUCCAAUCUUAGGAUACUUUAUUGAGAGAAAGAAGAAGCAAAGUUCCAGGUGGAUGAGACUGAAUUUUGAUCUCUGUAAAGAAACAACUUUUGAGCCCAAGAAGAUGAUUGAAGGCGUGGCCUAUGAGGUCCGCAUCUUUGCAGUCAAUGCCGUUGGAAUCUCCAAGCCCAGUAUGCCCUCUAAGCCCUUUGUUCCCUUGGCUGUGACCAGCCCUCCUACUCUCCUGGCUGUCGACUCUGUCACCGACACCACUGUCACCAUGAAGUGGAGGCCCCCAGACCAGAUUGGUGCUGCAGGUUUAGAUGGCUAUGUGCUAGAGUAUUGCUUUGAAGGAACUGAGGACUGGAUAGUUGCAAACACAGACCUAAUUGACAAGACCAAGUUCACCAUCACGGGUCUGCCGACAGAUGCCAAGAUCUUCGUUCGCGUGAAGGCUGUUAAUGCCGCAGGUGCCAGCGAGCCCAAGUACUAUUCUCAGCCCAUUCUCGUGAAGGAAAUCAUAGAGCCUCCAAAGAUUCGCAUCCCAAGGCACCUGAAGCAAACCUAUAUCCGCAGAGUUGGAGAAGCUGUCAAUCUGGUUAUACCUUUCCAGGGAAAACCAAGACCAGAAUUAACUUGGAAGAAGGAUGGUCAAGAGAUUGAUAAGAAUCAAAUAAACAUUCGCAACUCCGAGACUGAUACAAUCAUAUUUAUCAGAAAAGCAGAGAGGAGCCACUCGGGGAAAUAUGAUCUGCAGGUCAAAGUGGAAAAAUAUGUGGAAAGUGCCUCCAUCGACAUCCAGAUCGUUGACCGUCCAGGUCCACCCCAGUCUGUGAAGAUUGAAGAUGUCUGGGGAGAGAACGUGGCUCUCACGUGGACACCACCGAAGGAUGAUGGGAACGCCGCCAUCACAGGGUACACGAUCCAGAAGGCCGACAAGAAGAGCAUGGAAUGGUUCACUGUCAUUGAGCAUUAUCACCGAACCAAUGCCACCAUCACUGAACUGGUCAUAGGGAAUGAAUAUUAUUUCCGGGUCUUUGCUGAGAACAUGUGCGGCCUCAGUGAGGAAGCAACAAUGACUAAAGAGAGCGCUGUGAUCGCCAAGGACGGCAAAAUCUACAAAAAUCCAGUGUAUGAAGACUUUGAUUUCACAGAGGCGCCCAUGUUUACUCAGCCUUUGGUUAACACCUAUGCUAUAGCUGGUUACAAUGCCACCCUGAACUGCAGCGUGAGAGGAAAUCCCAAGCCCAAAAUAACCUGGAUGAAAAACAAAGUUGCUAUUGUGGAUGAUCCAAGAUACAGGAUGUUCAGCAACCAGGGGGUCUGUACUCUGGAGAUUCGCAAACCGAGCCCCUAUGAUGGAGGCACCUACUGCUGCAAAGCAGUCAAUGACCUGGGGACAGUGGAGAUCGAAUGCAAACUGGAGGUGAAAGUUGUAGCACAGUAAGGAUGUUUGAAUGUAUAUUGCCAUCUAAGGUGGGCUGUCCUUCUGCAGGCUCCUCUUGCAAGGUGUGCCUCCAAACAUAAUUGACUCAUAUUUGCGAGACUUACACUCAAGCAAUCCCGAGGAAUACUGAGGGCUGGGCAUAGCCUCUCUGAACUCUGCUGCUUUGAAAUCUGGUUGAAAAGAGAAAGCAUUUUCUGGUUUUCCACCAGGCCCCCGAGUGUGGUCAUUUUCUUUCCUCUGAAUGUUGAAGAGAAAAUAAAAAUAAUGUUUGCACAGGUUGCUUAAUUAAAAAUUGCAAACAAA